AUGUCGGGAUACUCCAACGUCGGACAAUCGAGUGUCUACGAGGCUGGCGACCAGCGCAACAUCAAGACCAGUGACCUCCACAAGCAGGAGACAAACCCAUAUGCCGAAGGCCAGGCCAACUCUCACAUCAACAUCGAUUCGAAGGAUGAGCGUUCCAUCGCCAACAGGCUAGCCGCAGAGGAGAAGAGGGACAAGUCCUCUCAUGAUGACCCCGAGGUUGCCAUGUCCAAGAAGGAUCCCACUCUUCCGGUCGGUAACCCAAGACAGAACAGAAUUAUGGGAAGGCCAUCUUCAGUUGCUAACCAGACACAGGCCGUUAUGCAUGGCAACGAGCCGUCCAAGGGUGCCAAGAUAGAUGCCGAGCUCCGAGAAGAGGAAGAAGCUAUAAUGGCCAAGAAGAAAUAA